AUCAGUUAUUUCGUAAUAGGCAAACGCAGACAUCGUCACUCGCAGCGAUCUUUGUAAACGCACGCGCGCGAAAAUCAAAUUUAAAAACAAAACUGACAAACUUUUUUUUAAGAGUGGUUUGCGCUUUUGCGUAAACAGCCUAGUUUAAGUGUUUGUUUUAUUAUCAAUUUAAUUGAGGUUUACUUACUUAGUUAUAUUUUUGGCGAGGUUAUUGUACAUAAUUAAAAUUAAAAUGGUGUCAGUGUAGUGUUUGACUCCGACAAUUGAUAAAGUGCAGACAAGGCAAAGAGCGCGAUGUCUGCGGCCGCGUUCCCAGACAGCCAGCACACAGAGCACAGCGAUAGUGACGCGCCACAGAGCAACGCGGACUCUCUGAACAGCCUUCUACAGAACAGAGAUGAGGACUCCAGAGACGACAAAUGCGUGGACGUGGAGUGUCUGGAGAACCAGUGUUCACUGAACUGCGAGGAUGGAGGUACAGGGUCUCAGAGACGGGCUGUUUGUUGCAGCCCGGUGUCGCAGGUGGUGUUGGGCUGUCUGUUGGUGCUGGUGUCGGUGGGCUCCUUCGUGUUCAGCCCCCUCGACUUUAUGCUGUGGGAGAAGCUUAACAUGAGGCCGGGUUUCCCCCCCUACGAGUGGUGGCGCGACCCCCCUGACGAGGUGCGGCUCCGGGUGCAUGUCUUCAAUGUGACUAAUCACGAACGGUGGUUAGCCGGAGUAGACCAGAAGAUUGAUGUGGAGGAGAUCGGGCCUAUUGUUUAUUUAGAGAAACUCGUCCACUCCGACGUGCAGUUCAACGACAACGACACGCUCACGUACACGGCGACACGGUACCCGAUCUACCUGCCGGACGAGAACCGUAUCGACCUGAACGCUACUAUUAUUGUGCCGAAUCUUGCCGUGCUGGGCCUAGCCUCCUACCUCCACAACGCUCCAUUUUUCGUCCGUUCUGGCUUCCGGUUCCUGGUCAACUCCCGUGGAAGCCCCCUCUUCGUAGAGAAGACCAUCUAUGAGUACCUGUGGGAGUUCACUGACCCCGUCCUAGACUUGUCCAAGAGCCUGGCGCCUGGACUUGUGCCAGUCAGCAAUAUGGGCAUGUUGGCAAGGAUCUACGCGGACUUCGUGGACCAGAUGACGGUGUGGGUGGGCCCGCGCUGGGGGCACGAGCGCUUCUUCCAGAUCCACCGGUUCAGGGGACACCCGCAGCUGCCAGGCUACGAUGCUAAUGAGUGCCCCGACCGCAUCACAGGCUCCACCGAGGGCGUGAUGUACCGUCAGCACCUGACGAAGCAAGACGUGCUGCUGUACUGGAGGAAGACCGUCUGCAAGCUGAUGCCGCUGUAUUUUGACACGGAACUGGUGGUAGACGACGUGCCAGUCUACAGAUACAAUCUAUCAGAAGUGGUGUUCAGUCGCGUGAGGAACGGCACGGAUUGCUACGACACCGAGCCAUCCCUACCGGCGGGGGUCAGCGACGCUUCCAAGUGCUACUAUGACUUCCCGAUGGUGAUAUCGUACCCGCACUUCUACACGGGCGAGCCGGCGCGCGACCGCUACGUCACCGGGCUUCAGCCGAACCGGGACAAACACAGCUCGUACGUCAUUGUUGAACCGCUCACAGGAACACCGUUUAGAUCUGUAGCCAGAAUGCAGAGCAAUCUACGGAUACACGACCUGUCCGGAUUCUCUUCGGAAUAUGACAAGUUCUCCAAUUUGAUCCUGCCCCUUUUCUGGGCAGAAUAUAACCAAGAAGGCCUGCCGGACUACAUCCGUCUGACGAUAUACUACAUGGUAGUCGUCCUUCCACCGGUUUCUAAAGCAUUGUUAUCAUUUUUCCUUCUAUGCGGCUGCUAUCUCAUAGCAAAGCAGAUUUAUACUCAUAAGCUGAAAAGUGAAAGACUCAGUGCCACUCUGCCAUUUAAAAAUAAAAACGUCAAUAAUUUGGCGAGAAACAAACUUUUUAAUUAUGAAAAGGAAACGUUUUUGAAGAAACCAAGUUAAUUUUUGUUCUUUUUAGUCGAUGCAAUGUUGAAAUUCAGGCUAGAUAAUUACUAAAAGAAUAAAAAUAAGACUGACUGUGUUUUUAAAAUACGUUUUGAAUAUUUUAAUAACAAAAUACGUAAGAGUUGUAGAGUCCGACAACGCUUACUUUCCAACAGGUUAAGGCCUAGUUUCACAAUAGUCUGUUAG